UCUUCCUUCCAAGUCUAAAUUCUCUCAAUCCAUCUCCUUCUAGCUCUAUCAUAAUCUCUCUUUCCUUCUCUCACUGGCUUACCAUGGCCUCAACUUUGAGGGCCCUGAAAUCCAGUCCCCAUAUCCCCUUCAUCAAGAGGAAGCCCGUCCGGAAUCCGAACAUCGAGCUCUCGAUCCCGAACCAUUUCUGCUGCCCGAUAUCGCUCGAUCUCAUGAAAGACCCAGUGACGGCAUCCACCGGAAUCACCUAUGAUCGCCGGAGCAUCGAGAAGUGGCUGGAGCUCAGGAACCAGAACUGCCCCGUCACAAACCAAGUGCUGAAGAGUGAAGAACUCAUCCCAAACCACUCACUAAGGAGGAUGAUACAAGAUUGGUGCGUCGCAAAUCGCUCAUUCGGCAUCGAGAGGAUACCCACUCCAAGGAUCCCUGUGACUCCAAUCCAGGUAUCGGAGUUGCUAUCGGAGAUUGCUUCGGCUAGCAGGCGGGGAGACCGUGCCCGGUGCAGCAACUUGGUGGAGAAGAUCAGAAAUUUGGGCAGGGAGAGUGAGCGGAACCGGCGGCGCAUCGUCUCGGGUGGUGCUGGCCGUGUCCUGUCUGCAUCUUUCGGCGAAUUGGCUUCGAGAUCUUUCGAGAGCUCAACCACAGGGGAGUUGGAAGAGAUCCUGUCAGCGCUAGCUUCUUUCUUGCCUCUUGAUGAGGAGGCUCGGUGGCUCAUUGGAUCACCUGAGUCUCUUAAAUCCAUAGUCCUGCUUCUACGAAGUGGAGAUUUGGCAGCAAGGCUUAAUGCUGUCUUGGUGCUGAAGGAGCUUGUCUCCUCUUUGGACACUGAGCAUGUCAACAUUGUGGCAGAGACCGAAGGAUUGAUCGAAGCAUUGGUUAAGCUUAUCGAAAAUCCGAUCUCACCUCGAACAACAAAGGCCUCAUUGGUGGCUUCCUUUUAUUUGGUUUCCUCGAGCGAGAGGACUGCAAUGAGGUUUGUGGAGAUGGGAAUGGUCUCUCUGCUUCUAGAGAUCCUUGUGGAUUCAGAUAAGAGCUUGUGUGAGAAGGCCUUGGUGGUUCUUGAUGGACUUCUUCAGUCCAAGAAGGGCAGAGAGAUGGCUUAUGAUCAUUCACUAACCGUGCCAAUCUUGGUGAAGAAGAUUUCUCGGGUUUCCGACAUGGAAACAGAGUUCGCGGUCUCGGCACUGUGGAAGCUCUGCAAGAAUUAUAAGCAUGAAACAGGGGAGAGAGCAGGGGAAGGGUGCUUGAUGGAGGCUCUGCAAGUGGGGGCAUUUCAGAAGAUAUUGCUUCUACUGCAGGUGGGGUGCAAUGGGACAACCAAGGAGAAGGCCAGUGAGCUGUUGAAGCUUUUGAAUGGCUUGAGGGGAUGGGGGGAAUGCAUUGAAACAAUGGAUUUUAAAGGGCUGAAGAGACCUUUCUAAUUGUAGAUGAUUGAUGCAGUAGGAAAAGAGAACAUAUAGAGUUUAGAUUUUGUGAAUUAAUUCAGUGUACAAAGAUACAAAGAUUCUUUUGUCAAAGAAAUGGAGACUCAUUGGUUCCCACAAAGUUGAAUGGUUCACAUGUGUUCAAAGUGCUGCUCUUACAGUGAUUGUAUCUUGUAUAGCAUAGAAAGCACGGCUUGCCUGAUUAUAUCUAUUGGGUCACAAUAUUUCUGAAUUAUGUGAUAAUUCAAUCAUUAUUACUCGAUUAUUCAACAGCAUCAUGAUCAUCCAAAA